GAGACCUUAAAGGUUAAAGCCUCAGAUGCAUUUCUGUAUUUCCUUUUGAGAGAGAGAUAGAGACAGACUUAUUGUUGAGAAGAAAAAACCAGAAAAAAAUGAAGGUAACUGAGUUAGCCUCAGCAAUUGGAGGGGUAAUGUUCUUAUGGGGUACUGUUUCACAAUUUCUGCCGAUGAACUAUCGAUAUCGGAUUAAGAAUUGGUGUUCCAAGCUCUUAAAUUCGAUCUUUCCUCGUACCUACAUCAUCUUCCAUGAGUUCUGUUCUGAUGGCCAGUCCAGUGAAGCCUACACUUGCAUCAAGAACUAUCUGGGCACUAAAUCCAUCAACAAAGCACAGCUUCUCAAUGCAGAAAAAACCCGGAACAGCAAAUCCCUGGAAUUCACUCUGGCUGGUGGUGAUGAAGUCAUGGAUGAAUUUCACAAUGUCAAGGUAUUGUGGGUCUCUUCUGAGGAAACCAUCAAGAACAAUGGCGGCGGCGGCGACGGUAAGCCGUUUGAGAAGCGGAAAUUCAUCCUGAAAGCCCAUCCGAGGUACCGGGAGUUUGUCAUGGGAGAUUACUUGAACCAUGUGAUGAAAGAAGGGAAAACAAUUGAGUACCAGAACAAGAAAAGGAGGCUUUACACCAACAACAAAGAUCAGGGCUAUAUUUACUGGAGGCCCAAGUGGAGUUUCAUAAAUUACCAUCAUCCUGCAACUUUUGAUACCCUGGGGAUGGAUCCUCAGAAGAAGGAAGAAAUUCUUGUAGAUCUUGAAUCCUUCAAGAAAGGGAAGGAUUAUUACAAGAAGGUUGGGAAGGCUUGGAAGAGAGGAUAUCUUCUUUAUGGUCCUCCUGGAACUGGAAAAUCAACCAUGAUUGCAGCAAUGGCUAAUUUAUUGGAUUAUGACAUUUAUGAUCUGGAGCUCACCUCUGUUAAGGAAAAUGCAGAGUUGAAGCAGCUGUUGAUUGAAACGAGUACCAAAUCGAUCAUCGUCAUCGAAGAUAUAGACUGCUCGCUGAAUCUAACAGGAACCAGGAAGAAAAAUGAGAAAGGGUCAGAAGAGAAGAAUGAUGAUAAUGCUGAGAAGAAGAAGAAGAAACAGAGAGAAACAGAGGAUCCUCAGAAGAGUAAAGUUACACUAUCUGGGCUGCUGAACUUCAUUGAUGGGAUUUGGUCAGCAUGUGGGGAAGAAAGGAUCAUCAUAUUCACAACAAAUCAUGUCGAAGACCUCGAUCCGGCGUUGAUUCGUAGAGGAAGAAUGGACAUGCAUAUUGAGAUGUCCUACUGCAAAUUCGAGGCGUUUAAGAUCUUGGCUAAGAAUUAUCUGGAUAUUGAUGAACACCCUUUGUUUGGAGAAAUCAGAGAAUUGUUGGAAGAAAAUGAUGUUAGCCCUUGUGAUGUGGCUGAGAACUUGAUGCCAAGAGGGAAAUCCAGUGAUCAUGUGGAGAGUUGUUUACUGAGACUCAUUGAAUCUAUCACAGCCAACCAGAAAAGCAAAGAAGAAAAGGAAGAGAAAGAGGAAUUUCUUCAGGCCGACCAAAACGCUAUAACUUCUUGAGUGAUUGUCUAGAGAAAUAUGAUAAUCAAUCUUGGUAAAUUUUCGAUGUUGAUAGUCAGUUUGAUAAUUGGUAAGUUUAUUAUCAAAAAAAAAAAAAAAGAGAAAAGAAAAGAAGAAGAUGAUUACUAAGUAAGUUAGGUACUUAGGUUUGCUGUUUAGGAUUCUGAAGCAGGUGAGCCCUUCUAGUUUAUCUUUCAUCCUUUGCUUUAACAAAAUUCUAACUGAACUAGAAUUUUGAUAGUAUCAAUCUUGUUGCAAAUGUCUAUCCUAGUUUGUUUUUGACUUGAUAGUAUCAAUCUAUGAAGCUGUUCUUAUUACUCAAAAAUGUCCCAGUUUUAGUAGUUUGGUGUUUCUUUUUUAGAAUAAUAAAGUAAUUAAAGUUUCUGAGGGUUGAAAUUUACUAGAGCUAUAAAAUAAAUUUGGG